GACCGUGUGCGUGUGGCCCAGUUCCAGGCCUGAGGGAUGGAGACAGAGUUACACUCUGGCCUGCAGGACUCCGUGCCGACCAGGCCACACGUUAAACUGGUCCAGGAUGUGGCGUUCCCAGACUGGGUCGCAGACAACUGGAGCCUCCUGGAGUCUUUCCAAGCGAAGGCCGGGGAUCUACUCAUCGCAACCUACCCCAAAGCAGGGACCACUUGGACACAGGAAAUUGUCGAUCUCAUUAACCACGAUGGUGAUGAGGAGAUGUGUAAACGGGCUCCCGUCCACGAUCGCAUCCCCUUCCUGGAAUUUUUCCCUGGUCUGUUCGACCUCCCAAGCGGGCUCGAGCAGAUCCAGAAGAUGGACUCACCUCGGAUGAUCAAAACCCACCUGCCUUUCCAACUCAUUCCCAAAUCCUUCUGGGAGCAGGAUUGUAAGGCAAUUGUAGUCGCUCGAAAUGCCAAGGAUAACGUGGUCUCCUACUUCCAUUUCCAUCGGAUGAAUCAAGUGAUGCCUCACCCUGGGACCUGGCAGGAAUUCCUCCAAAAAUUCAUGGACGGGCAACUUUCCUGGGGCUCGUGGUACGACCAUGCGAAGGGCUGGUGGGCAGCGAAGGAGAACCAUCCAAUCCUGUUCCUCUUUUAUGAAGACAUGAAGGAGAACCCCAGGCGGGAGAUCCAGAAGGUGGCCCAGUUCAUGGGGAAGGUUCUGGAAGACGACAUCCUGGAGAAGAUUGUCCAUCUCUCCACCUUCCAGGUGAUGAAGGACAACCCAAUGACCAAUUACACCACGUUGCCGAGCAACAUCAUGAACCAAUCCAUCUCCAGGUUCAUGAGGAAAGGUGAGGUUGGAGACUGGAAGAACCACUUCACAGUGGCUGAGAACGAACAUUUUGAUGAACAUUACGAGAGAGAGAUGGCUCUGUGCUCGAUAGCGUUUCGCCAGGUCCUGUAAUCAGGGCGAUAGAGCUCGAACUAUCUCUGAAUAAAAUUCCUAAGAAGACUGAAA